AUCGAGUCUUUCGUGUCCAUGCUACUCACCUCCUUCCUCACGGGCGUGGUAUUUGUCAAGUUUGCCAGGCCCCACCCCAACAUUGUGCUUAGCGACGUGUUCACCCUAUCACGAGGAGAAAACUGCAUGGAGAUGCGUUUUCGAGUGGCUAACGAGACUCGCCGCGAUCUUGCCCACAAGGGGGAUAUUAUCAACGUAAACUUCAAGCUCAUUCUGAUGAGAGCAGAGACUGGAAGGCAUAAUGAGAAGAGAUUGUGCUACUACGACUUGAAGCUGAAAUCAGCGCGUCUUGUCUCGCUGAGGUUGGAAAUCGAGCUGAUUCACAUUAUCGACACCAAUAGCCCCCUGUUCAAGCAAACAGCAGACGACCUAGCGCACGCAGACUUCGUUUUGAUCCUUCUCGCG